AUGGGUUUUAUAUCGAGAAAGAUUCUCCCCGCCUGCGGGAACAUGUGUGUUUGCUGCCCGGCGCUGCGGCCGAGCUCCCGGCGACCCGUCAAGCGGUACAAGAAAUUGCUCGCCGAGAUCUUCCCCAAAAACCUUGAUGGCCCCCCAAACGAAAGAAAAAUAAUGAAACUAUGUGAAUAUGCUGCGAAGAAUCCACUUCGCAUCCCAAAGAUUGCAAAGUUUCUCGAACAAAGGAGCUACAAAGAACUGCGGUCUGAGCAUAUCAACUUUGUUAAAAUUAUUACAGAAACCUACAGUAAAUUGCUCUACAUUUGUAAAGAACAGAUGGCAUAUUUUGCUAUCGGCCUGUUGAAUGUCAUUAUUGAGCUUUUGGACAAUAAGCAACGAGACAGCGUCCAAAUUCUUGGAUGCCAAACUUUGGCGAAAUUCAUUUAUAGUCAGGCAGAUAGCACGUAUGCACGCAAUAUUGAAAGCUUAGUUGGAAAUGUAUGUGUACUCGCUCAUGGGCAAGGGGAAGAACAGAACAGUCUACUGCAGGCUGCAAGCUUGCAAUGCCUAUCAGCAACGAUUUGGUUCAUGACUGAGUAUUCGUACAUUUUUACUGAUUUUGAUGAGAUCAUCCAUGCUAUUCUUGAAAACUAUCAAGCUGAUGAUCACGUGGACAUUGAUAAUGAAAGACGUGACUCACACCAUAACUGGGUUGAUGAAGUAGUUAGAUCUGAGGCAAGAGCUGGUGUAACUCUUGGGAAAGAUGUCAACCUAAGCACUACAAGCUUAAGGCCACAUUCAGUGCCGAGGGAUUGUGCGAUGCUAACGAGGGAGGAGCGUGAAUCUCCGAAAGCGUGGUCACAGAUUUGUGUACAGAAGCUUGCUGAAAUGGCUAAAGAAAGCACGACAAUGCGUUGUGUAUUGGAUCCAAUGUUUGCAUACUUUGACACAGGAAAACAUUGGGUUUCUCGACAUGGAUUGGCUUUGUUUGUUUUAUCUGACAUGACUUACUCAGAAAAGAGCUCAGGAAACGAACAGGUGAUUUUGUCUGCUAUCAUCCGACAUCUGGACCAUAAAAAUGUCGUCCGUGACCCUAAGACAAAAUCUGAUAUAGUUCAGAUUGCCACUAUCUUGGUUCAAUAUCUAAGGUCACUAGCGGUAGCUGCUGAAAUUGGAACAGUUAGUGACCUGUGCAGGCAUUUGAGGAAAAGUCUGCAGACCUCAGUUGAAUCAGCUGGACCAGAAGAAUCAAAUUGGAAUCACUCGCUUCAAAAUUCUAUUGAGGAUUGUCUAUUGGAGAUUGUUAAAGGAAUUGGUGAUACCCGUCCACUGUUUGACAUGAUGGCUAUAACGUUGGAGAAGCUCCCAGUUAUCGCAGUAGUUGCUAGGGCAACAAUUGGGUCUUUGCUGAUUCUUGCUCACAUCAUCUCCUUGACAACCAUCCGAUCACAUUCGCAAUCAGCAUUUCCGGAAGAACUCCUACUACAGCUUUUGAAGGCUAUGAUGCAUCCAGAUGUUGAAACCCGCAUAGUGGCACACCAAAUAUUUUCAGUUACACUUGUUCGAAAUCCUAAUCAUCCAAGACAUGAAUCAGAAUAUUUGUAUGAAACUAAGAAGUGGCAGUAUCGGACUACAUCAGUAUUUGCCUCAGCUACUGCUCUACUCGAGAAACUCCGAAGGGAAAAGGGAUGUCUAAAUGCAGAUAAGCAUGUGAAUGAUUCACAUGAAGAGAUCAAGGAAAAGAGCAUGGGUGAUGAGUGGAAACAUGGUUGGGCCCGGAAGAGUUCCCCAUAUUUUUAUAAAUUGAGCUGUUCUAUUAUUGAUAGAAUUGCUGCUUCUAACCGUUCUACGGAUUCUGAAACUAACGUUAUGGUGUUAACUGAAGAUCAAACCGCUCAAUUACUCUCUGCCUUCUGGAUACAAGUCAAUCAGGCAGAUAAUUUGCCUUCAAAUAUUGAGGCUAUAGCUCAUUCAUUCAGCUUGACACUUCUUUUUUCCCGUAUCAAGAACUCAAAUCAUAGCAAUACAGUGCGAUUCUUUCAGCUACCAUUAUCUAUAAGAAGUGCAUCCCUAGACGCAAAUGGAAUGCUGCCACCUUCGUGUCAGAGAUCUCUUUUCACUUUGGCAACAGGCAUGCUAGCAUUUGCAGGAAAAAGCUAUCACAUCUCUGAAUUGACUACUUCUCUAUUCUAUAUAUCUUCUGAUAUUGACCCAUAUCUGAGGGUUGGGGAGGACUUGCAAAUUUAUGCAAAAUCUCAGUCAGAUUUGAGUGUGUUUGGUUCGGACAUUGAUCAACAAGCAGCUAUAUUGAUGCUAGCAGAUUUGAGAAAAACAAUAGGCGACUCUGACCAGCAUUUACUUGAUAUCAUUGUUCAAGAGCUUUCAAGGUCAACUGAUCUGGAAAAGGAUGUCUUAGCCAAACAACUUUCUGAAACUUUCACACCUGAAGAUGUGCCCUUAUUUAGUUCAAAGACAACUGUUGACUGGGUCAGCAUACAAGCUCUUGCAGUUUCUGAAGAAUCACUCUCUUUUGAUGAGGAGUGUUCAAGAAGUUCAACAAUAGAUGGUGAUGUAGUUAGUGAAUCGCCAGCAACCGAUAUUCACAAAUUUAUCCCCAGGAUGCCUGCAUCACCAGCCUUGCCUGAUGUUAUUAAUGUUGGCCAAUUGCUGGAAUCGGCACUCCACGUAGCUGGUCAGGUGGCAGGAACAUCUGUCUCGACCUCUCCCCUCCCCUAUGGGACUAUGGCUAGUCAGUGUGAGUCCCUUGGCAUGGGCACAAGGAAGAAGCUUUCGAGUUGGUUGGUUGGUGGUCAUGACCUGAUACCAGGCAAUCCAGUGCCAACUUACCCAAUGGGUGAGCGGUUGGCAAUUCCUACGGUAAAUUCUCAGGGUUUUGAGCAGCCAGGUUUGAUCCCUGUUGAACCACGUCCAGUGCUGAGACUGCCACCUGCUAGCCCUUUCGACAACUUCUUGAAAGCUCUCUACUACUAACCCAUAUGUAGAGUGAUUAUCGUGUAUCUAUGUAGGGUUGAGAAUUUGGUCAGUUGGUUCUUUGUAGCUUUAGGAACACCUUUGGAACCUCUCACCAGAGGAUGCUCGUUUGCAGUGCCUCUAAUGUCAAUGGUUUGUAUGAUGAUAUUCUAUGAGAAUAUUUCUGUUGUGGCUUCCAAGCAGUCAGCUGAUGUUAUUUUUUGUGGAUGUCAUCAUGUCCAUGAUGCCAAUGGAUCCUAUAGUACCCUUUCUGAAGAAACAAGGAUUAUGGAUGUGAUAUUGUCAAGAGUCUGGGAACGGUAAGAUGAAUCAAGAUUCGCCAUACCAAUUUUGGUGUU